AACUAAACAGGAUAAAACUUGAGGCUUUAUUUAUUUUACUGCUCAGUCGAAUCUUCCACUUCAAGGAUUUAAAAAAUCAAGUUCAACUUCACAUCUCCAAACUCAAGGUUUCUUUUUAGGCGUAAAGUUAGUAAAACAUGAGCGACGUGUUCAAGGCCGCGUUCUCCUCCGGGAACGAAUACACGGCAGAAGAAAAGGAAAAAUUGGUCCAGUUCAGGAAGAACGUGGCCGACUUGUCCCUGACCGAGGAAGAAUUGGAGGACGAUUUUCUCAUAAAAUGGUUACGAGCCAGAUACUUGGAUCUUCCCAAGGCAGCCGAGAUGCUUCGUGCCUCCAUGAAGUGGCGGAAGGAGAAUGAGAUUGACACGUUGCUGGAACGGGAGGGCGAUUCCAUGCCGGAGGAGAUGCGGAAGGGAGCGGCCAUCGCGUGGUGUGGCAUUUCGAAGGAAGGCUAUGGCACCUUCGUCGUCCCCUUUGGAAGACACGAUAUGAGAUCCAUGCUGGAAAAGUAUGGGGCCAAGGAGUGUGAAAAGUUUAACAACAUUUUCAUGUUGCAAAUGCUAAAAAUUAUGAAGGAAGAAGGUGACAAGAAAGGUGUCAAAUGUACGCAACUUAUUGAGAUUUGCGAUUGCGAAGGGUAUUCAUACCGACAAAUGGCCACGAAACAAUGUCGCGAUUUUAUGACCAAUAUGCAAACCAAUAUGGAUGCAAACUAUCCAGAAAUUUUGCGAUACGCUAUGAUAAUAAAUGCGCCAAAGGUGUUCGCCAUUAUCUUCAACAUGCUCAAGCCAAUCAUCCCGAAAGCUACAUUGGAGAAGAUUGAUAUAUUCGGACCAGACCCUGAGAAAUGGAGAGCCAUCGUACGAGAGAAGUUUCCCGUCGAGUUGAUUCCUGCUUAUUGGGGUGGGGAUUUAGUGACCGAGGACGAUUAUGCGAGUGGUCACUCCAUUUGGCUUCAAGGGCCGGCCGACAUGGGCCCUUAUAUGAGAGGUUUGGCUGAGGAGGACGCGGCUUUCACAAAAGUUGUGGUCGCUGCUCGAGAGCGAUUUAUCCAAGAGGUCGAAGUUCCCGAUAAAAAUACAAUUCUCGAAUGGAAAUUUAAAUCCGAGGGACAUGACGUCGGUUUCCACCUAUUUUACUCAAAGGAGGCUCGUGCCAAGAAGGACCAGUGGGAAGAUAUCGUCCCCUUGGCGAGGGUGGACGCUCACACGCAAGUUCAGGAGGGGUCUCACCUCUGCGAAAAGGAGGGCAUCUACUCCCUCGUUUGGGACAAUGGGUUCAGUGUUAUGAAGGCGAAAACGAUCCUAUAUCAGAUUUCAUUCGUUGAUCCGGCUCACCAAGAAAAUCCAGAUGCUUAAUGUGUUCUACAAGUGGACAAAUGGAUGGCUUCAUUUUUUUCAAAAUUGAAUAAAGUAUUAUUUGAGACAACAAUUA